AUGGUAUCAUCAUUAGUUCGUGGUGCUAAAAAUGAAUUAUAUCAAUAUAUAUCAUAUGCAAAUGAAAAUGAAGAUGCUGAAUUAAUUGAAAAUUUUAAACAACGAUGGUCUCGUGUAUUACCAUGUGAUACAACAAUAUCACUUGAUAAAUUUCAACUUAUACGUACACUUGGACGAGGUUCAUUUGGUCGUGUUGUUUUGGCAUUAUUAAAAAAUGAUAAUUUAAAUAAAAAUGAUGGAAAUAAAUUGUAUGCUAUUAAAGUUAUGGAUAAAAGAAAAUUAGUUCGUUAUAAACAAAUUGAUCAUACAUUAAAUGAACGUCGAGUUUUAUAUUCAUUACAACAUCCAAAUACAGUUCGAUAUUUUUUUUCAUUUAAAGAUAAUUCAUUUAUUUAUUUAUCACUUGAAUAUAUUGGUGGUGGUGAUCUAUUUACUUAUUUAAGACGUACAGGUAAAUUUAAUGAGAAACAUGUGAAAUUUUAUGCCGCUCAAAUAUUUCUUGUCUUUGAAUAUUUACAUCAUUUUGAUAUAUUAUAUCGAGAUCUUAAACCAGAAAAUAUUUUAAUUGCAGAAAAUGGUUAUUUAAAAGUAACUGAUUUUGGUUUUGCAAAACAUGUUAAUGGUCGAACGUAUACAUUAUGUGGCACACCAGACUAUUUACCGCCGGAAAUCAUUAAGCAUAAAGGUUAUGGAAAAUCUGUUGAUUGGUGGACAUUUGCUGUUUUAUGUUUUGAAAUGGCUGCUGGUCAACCACCUUUUUCUGGUAAAGAUCAUAUUCAAUUAUAUGAAGCAAUUGUUAAUCAACGUUAUACAUGUCCAUCAUCUUUUUCAGCCGAAUUAACUGAUUUAAUUAAAAAAAUACUUGUAAUUGAUGUUACAACAAGACUUGGCUGUUUGGCUAAUGGAAAUAAAGAUAUACAAAAUCAUCCAUUUUUUGAUAGUAUUAAUUUUAUUAAAAUAUAUCAUCAAUCAGAAAAUCCGAAUAAUAUACCAUAUAAACCAGCAAAAAAAGAUCCAUUAGAUCCAUCAUCACUUAGUCAAGCAGAAGAACCAAUUCGUGUAUCAAGACAUAAUCUUCAUGAAGAUGAAUUUCGAAUGUUUUAG